AAGCAGCAAGUUUGUGCCAGUGCGAACGAUCUGUUCCGACCAAACCGCCUGAACACCCCUACCUACCAUAUCGAUAUCGAUGACCCGAUAGGUGGCUACCUGGAACACCUCGCUUGGCGUCGCACCGCGUCCGCAUUUGAAUUAAACGACGCGCCGAAAAAAGGUGUUUGCCUCCGUCCUGUUUUUUUUUCCUUUCCCUGUUUUUCGUCGUGAAGUAAGUGUCAAAAUUUGUGAUAGUGUCGUGUCAGUUGAAGUCAGAAUUCCGUGCGUUACGCUUUCAGCUAGAUCCCGUUUAUUUCGAUUGUACAGCAGUGUUUUUUUGUUCGGUAAAAGUCCCGUUGCUCGCCCUUUGGUUUUUUUUUCAUCCAUAUUUUGGCAUACAUUUUUGCACCAAUCAUUUGCACGCUGCUAAACCAUGGACUUGCGCAGCUGGCGGAAAGUUCUGCUCCAAUGGGUGAGCGAAUGCCAGUUCAUCGAGGCCAACUACAUCACACUGGAGCAGACGGACAUUGAGGCCUUCUUCGCGGUCUACGUGCAAAGGGCGCAGGCGGAGGCAGUGGUGCAGAAGGCGCUGCAGGCGGCGCAGAAGGUUCAGCGGAAGAAACACCGCUCUCCCUUGCAGGCAUUCAUUAGAGAAAUCUAUCCAGAGUUCUGUGCCCACAUAGGUGGACGUGGGCAGCUGGUGGAGUCUGACUACCUAUACGUGUACACACUGCUCCUGCACUAUUCGUGCGUGAAGCAGCCCAGCGUGUUCUUCCACAGCAUUUGCAAGAAGCUGCCGGAGUUGAUGCAGACCUGCAUUGCCGCCUUGUUAAAUAUGACGGUGGAGCCGCAGCUGACGCGGGAGUUUCUACGGCAGACGAUUGCCAAUGUGGCCAGCGUUUACCGACUGGGCGCCCAAGACAGUCCGUGCCCGCCCAGCAGCUCCUCGAGUCCCAAUCUGCACGUUGAUGUCACACCGUCAUCCUCAUCCUCACCAGCUUCCCCUCAACCGCAAAGCAGCACGCCGCGUAUGCACCACCACCACGACAGGCAGCGGGAUUGCCUAGACCUCCAGAUGUCUGUCAACGAGAUGUCCGCUCCGUCGACUCCCAAGACGGAGCUUUUGGAUCGUCGCACCCGGGAGCUGCGCGGUUUUCGAUCUCAGCUGGAUAUGGAGCGCUACGAGAAGAACCUGCUCGAGGAGCAGAAUUUGGAGAAGGAUGCUAUCAUUAAAAACCUGCAAAAAUCAUAUAAGUCGCUGGAGGCUAAAAUGGCCAAAAUGACGGAAGCCGCCCAAAUUUCAGACGAAGACGAAGUCGUGCCCAACUUUGGACCAAAUGAAUUUGAUCGCUUGAAACGAAGCCUCAUGAAGGAGAUCAGCCACAAGGAUGAAAUUAUAGCCGAGACCAACGAUAAGCUGCAGGAUUUGCACAAUGAAAAGUCCGAUCUGGCCGAAAAGCUCAAACAGUCGGCUGAACAACUUAUGGUAUGCAUGGACCGCGUGAGGGAGCUUGAAUUACGCCUGGAGGAUCUCAGCCUAACCCUGUCAAAGAAGGAUUAUACGAUCAGUAGCCUGGAGCGCGACAAACAGGAGCUGGAUCUGUGCCUUCAGGAGGCGCGCGAGGAGCUGCACAGCCGGCGCGAGGUGCUCAACUCAUCUUCCGAUCUGUUGACCUGUUCCUUGUCGCCGAACGUCACCCCGGAGAAUCUGGCCAGCUCUGUGAUCGACAAGCAGCUGCGUGAAAAGGAGCAAGAGAACGUCCGGCUGAGGGAAGAGCUCCAGAAGCAGAACGCUUCGUUGCAUCAGUUGACCGAAUCUAUGGCCAGCCUCCUUAGGAAGCAUGAACUCGAUCAGGAUAUCUCUGCACCCUUGAUUACCAGCAUUUCCGUUAACGAGUUGGCCGAGAACUCUGAACUGCAAGAGAAGUGCGACAAGCAGGCCUCGAAUCUCGAUAAACUUCUGGACAAAAGUCAGACACUCGCCGAAUGUCUGGAGAGCCAGCGCCAACAGCUUGCGGGGGCCAAGGCCAAGAUUGCUGAGCUGGAGCAGGAGGCUGUGCAAACAAGCCGUAACCAUGCCAGCAAAUUGUUCAGCAUUCAACGGGAGUGCGAGGUGAAGCUGCAAGUGUUGCAGUCCGACCACCAAAGGGUAAUCCAAAGCCACGACGAGCUUAACAAGAAGUUGGUCACGACGGAAUGUGAGCUGGCCAAUAUUAGGAUAAAGCUGGCGGUGAAAGAACAGCAGGCGGACAGAUUGAGUUCCGAAAUCUUGGAGGUGCGCGCCACCAAGGAGUCCCUUGAAUGUGGCAUUGACAAAUUCGAUGCACACUUCAAAGAAAUCACUAAACUUUUAGAGCAGGAGCAGCGCUGUCUGGAGUACUUGCGAGCCAAGUAUGCCCAGUGUCGGAACCAGCUAAUUUCUAACAAUGCGGACAUGGGUCUGCUAUCCUGCCAGCUGGGCUCGCCCGACUGGCAGAGCACGCUUCAACGCAUCGACGAGCUUUGCGAGAUGAAGGAGCAGCACGAAGCCCUUAAGCUUGAGCACGAGCAGCGGGUGAGCGAGGCAACGGAGCUGUGGAUUCGUCUGGAGCAGAGCGAGGAGCAGUACAAAGCCCUCAAGCGUGAGCACGAGCAGCAGGUGAGCGAGGCAACGGAGCUGCGGAUUCGUCUGGAGCAGAGCGAGGAGCAGCACGAAGCCCUCAAGGUUGAGCACGAGCAGCAGGUGAGCGAAGCAACGGAGCUGCGGAUUCGUCUGGAACAGUGCGAGGAGCAGCACGAAGCCCUCAAGCGUGAGCACGAGCAGCAGGUGAGCGAGGCAACGGAGCUGCGGAUUCGUCUGGAGCAGAGCGAGGAGCAGCACGAAGCCCUCAAGGUUGAGCACGAGCAGCAGGUGAGCGAAGCAACGGAGCUACGGAUUCGUCUGGAACAGUGCGAGGAGCAGCACGAAGCCCUCAAGCGUGAGCACGAGCAGCAGGUGAGCGAGGCAACGCAGCUGCGAAUUCGUCUUGAGCAGAGCGAGGAGCAGCGUGAGCAGCAGCUGCAGGAGCUGAACAUGAUCAGUGAGCAACGAGAUGAGUUGGGCAAGCGCAGUGUGGAGUUCACUGAGCAAAUCGAGUCCAGACUACUUCAGCACGAUGCGCAGAAUAAGGAACUGCUCGAGCAGCAACGCAAAUCUCAGCAGGAGAAGGAGCAAUUGCUCGAGCAGCAGCUUAAACUUGAGCAGGAGAAGGAGCAACUGCUCGAGCAUCACUGCAAAUUUCGGCAGGAGACGGAUAGUUUCCUGAAGCGCAUCACGGGUCUCUUAAAUGAAGGCCGCUCCGAAACCUUCUCGCUUUUGGCAGGGGGAAAUAGCAAUCGCUUCGAAGAGGUUGAGUCGUGGCUCGAGGAGAUACUCGGGCACCAAAAGAAAACAAACGACAGUCUUGAAGCGAAAGUGAAAAAUCUGCUGGAUGACCUGGCCGUUGUUAAGCAGGAGCAUGCAGUUAUCGUCUGCGAAAGCCGGCAAUGGGCUAUCAGAGCCAGCCGUGAGGAGGAGAAGCGAAAUGAGUUCAUCGCUUCCCUAGAGCUCACUGCCGGCAAGCUGAGCACUACACUCCAGCAAAAAGAUGCCCAGAUUGCCAGCAGCAGACAGCAGGUGGCCCAACUGCAGCAGAAUCUUGAGGAGGAGCGAAGCAAUUUGGAGGAGGCGACCGGCAAACUGAUCAGGGCUCAGGAGCAGCUGAGGGGCCACAGAUUGGAUGCCAUCAAAAUGGCAGCCGCCCUUAAAGCGCGUCUUCACAAAGCAGAUCCAGUCUCCAGCCAUCUGAAAGGCGUCAAUGAAUACAGUUUUGAGGAGCUUCGACAGCAUGUACACCAGUUUCUGAGCAUGUACGAUGAGGUGGAUGCCAGUCACCAGAGCCUGGAGCUAAAGUACAGUAGAGCCACUUCCUUGGCCAAUCACCUCAAAGAGUCCAAGCUGCAUCUAGAGCAGCAAGUGGCUCAACUGCAGAGCCAGGUGUCUGGCAGCGGCCAGGACAGUCCCAUGAUUAAGCAACUUAAGGACACCAUCGCCAACCUUGAGCGGGUGAACCAAAAGCUGAGCUCGGACCAUGUUGAGCUGCUUAACCGCCAAAUGGACAUGGAAACACUAAAAGCUACCCUGAUGUACGAUUCCCAAAAAGUUAAAGAAAAACUGCAGAAGCAACUGAAGGCAGCAGAGGAUGAGGUCUCAAACUUAGAGCUCAAGUAUCAAGGGCAGAUUGAUGAAUUGAAAGCCGAGAUUGCUGAGCAGCGUUGCAAGAACCUCGAGAACGAGAUGGCGGGGGAAAAGGAGGAUGUUUCACAGUUAAGCAAGGAGCAGGACACCCUAAGUGACAUAGAGAAAGAGGAGUUGAAAGGUAAACUGGAGGCAAAUGAAGCCAAGCUCCUAAAAUUGAAGGAGGAGCAUGACCAAGUGUUGAAGUCCGCGAAGAAAGAGUACGAACAGCGUUACAAGGAUCUCGAAACUCAACUAAAGGAGUCCUCGCAAUUGGCCCUGAACGCCAUUGCAAAGGAGCUGGAAGAGGUUCGCCUUCAGGAGCAGCAGCAUCGCGAAACCAUUGCCAGCCACGUAAACGUAAUGGAGGAUCUACAACAGUCCCAGCUCACGGAGAAAUCCCUCCGCCAGACCAUUGAGACCCACAAGCAGUUAUUGAACGAUAUGUGUAAUGAAUUAAACGGGGCUAGGGAUGCGCGAUUGGAGAGAGAAAAGGAGGUUGACACUCUGAAGGCUCAUAUAAAAGAGAUGGAAACAGAAUACCAAGUUAAGAUUGAGCAGUUAAAGCAGUCUAAGACCCCGACGGAACAACAGAUGUUCCAAAGUAAACUGGAGGCAAAUGAAGCCAAGCUCCUGAAAUUGCAUGAGGAGCAUGACCAAGUGUUGAAGUCCGCGAAGAAAGAGUACGAACAGCGUUACAAGGAGCUCGAAACUCAACUAAAGGAGUCCUCGCAAUUGGCCCUGAACGCCAUUGCAAAGGAGCUGGAAGAGGUUCGCCUUCAGGAGCAGCAGCAUCGCGAAACCAUUGCCAGCCACGGAAACGUAACGGAAGAUCUACAACAGUCCAAGCUCACGGAGAAAUCCCUCCGCCAGACCAUUGAGACCCACAAGCAGUUAUUGACCGAUAUGUGUAAUGAAUUAAACAGGGCUAGGGAUGCGCAAUUGGAGAGAGAAAAGGAGAUUGACACUCUGAUAAAACAGAUUGAAACGAACUAUCAAACUAAGAUUGAGCAGUUAAAGCAGUCUAAGACCCCGACGGAACAACAGAAGCUAAUUGACAACUCCGCGGAAGAGUUGCUCAGUCUACAGACUCAACUUCAGGAUGGACAGGAAGAGCUGUCCAAUGCCAAUGAUUUCCAGAAGGAGCAGCAGAUGGCAAAAGUUGAGACGCAUAGUCUGCAGGCUAAGCUUCAGGAAGAGCAUGAGCUCACAGAUCAACUCAAAGCCCAGCUAGAUGAGAAACAGAAGGAGCUGCACUCGGCAGAAGUUGAGAUGCGUAGUCUGCAGACUAGGCUUCAGGACGAGCAGAAGCUUACGGAUCUACUCAAAGCCGAGCUGGAUGAGCAACGGAAUGAGCUGCACUCGGCCAGGGUUCAACUGCAAAGCGAUGCAAGUCGCACGGAGCAGUUGCUCAAUGAGCAGGCCGAGGAGCUGGCUCGGGCAAAGGCGGCUCUCGAGUCACAGGCCGCCGAAGUCUCGGCUAAAUUGGUGGCCGAGAGGGAGUCUGCGCAGCGGGAGAUCUAUCUAGUCAAGGAGCGAAUGACAAAGGCAGAGCGCGAGCACCAGGUACAGCUGGCCACCCUCGAGGACGAUUUGGCAACGUUGUCGGAGCGCCAAACCCAGACGGAAGCCCAUGAACGGAUUAUCGAGCUGGAGAAUCAACGCUUAAUAAUGGAGAAGGAUAUCAGCAAGCUAAACGAGCAGCUCACAGAAUUCGACAAGUUGUCGACCCGCUUGAACAGUGAAAUUGCCCAGCAAAAGAAACGGCUAGCAGAGCGGAAUGACCAGGUGAAGAGUUUGGAGUAUCGCCUGCACGUGUCAACUGAUAUGCUCUCUGAGUCCCAGGAGAAGCUGGCCAAGGUCACUGCCAGACUUACCCAAGUCGAGCAGGCCAACCAGAUGUCCGCCUCCCAGCAGGCGAAGUUGCAGCAACGUCUGGAGGAGGAGAUGGCAGACCGUGAAAAGGACCGCCAAGAGCUGGCUGAAAUUACCAAGCAGCUAGCCGAAGUUCAGCAGCAGCUGGACGGCACGCGGCUCGUCCAAGAGACCCAGCAUCUCGAGUUCGCGGAGAAGGCGCGCGAGAUUGAGCAGGAGAGUGCAGAGUCGGCGGAACUCGCACGGUACUAUCAGCGCCGCAUGGAGCAACUCGAAGAGCAACUGGCCGACAGUAACCAAAAGCUGGCCGAGAUGCGUGCCGCCAAUGAAAGUCAGAUGACACAACAGGGUCCGAGUGAUCUCGGCGCCACCUACAGCAAGUCGGAUGUGGCCGAAUCGGAUGCCAAUAAGGAGGAUGCGGUGCUCAGAAACAACCAGCUGGCGCUGGACUGCCAGAUCCUGCAGGCCAAGUACCGCGAUGCCAAGGACGAGAUCCAGCGCUGCGAGCAGAAGAUAAAGGACCAGCGUCUGGAGAUGGAGGGCAAGCUGGACAAGAUGAAGACCAAGAUGCGCUCCUUGUACACGGCGGAGGUGACACGCAUGAAGGAGAAGCAGGAGCGGGACGCAGCCAGCAGCGCAGCGGAGCUGGAGGCCCUCACAGCCCAGAAUGCCAAAUACGAGGAGCACACACGCAAGCUGUCCAACCAGAUUGUCCGCCUUAACGAGAAGAUCCUGGAGCAGCAGAAGCAGCACGCGAUUAUCAGCACCAAGCUGCGCCAUCUGCAGAUGCAGCCCGUCAGCGAACCACCAAAGCCAUCCACCGCGACGACGAUUACGGUUUCGUCCACGUCCAGUUCAUCGGCGGCAAACGAGGACUGGCAACCCUUCAAGCGACCCAGUGCUCCCUCCUCCAAUCUGGCCAUGGAGGACGAAGAGGGUGAGGUCUUCAACAACACUUACCUGACGGAUCUGAAAUUGGGCCGUGUUCCCGACAUGACGGCCGAGGAGCUGAUUUAUCGGAACUCGUUGCAGCCGCCGCACCUGAAGAGCACCUAUGCGGCCCAGUACGAUCUGGGCAGCCAGGACGAGGAUCUCAAAGACGGACCACACAGUUUGGAUGACAGCAUGAGCGCUCUGCUGAGCUCUUCGAGUACUGGAACGCGCAAGAAGACGAUGGGCACCCACUACAAGCGACCAGGGCCGCCCACACCGAGCAAAAACGGCGGACGAUUGUCGUUUGGCAGCUCGGAGCCACCGCGGGAGAUCCUGCGAGAGUUCAGCGACCACAAUAACACCUCCAAGACGCCGGCACGCUUCAAGUUUCUCACCCAGCGUUUCAGCGUUGGCAGCAGCACUCUGCCCCGGGACGAGCUGCCGCAUCGCAAGCGGUCGAAUCUACUGGCCGGGAUACAGCGUCGCAAAUUACGCCAGACGGUGGGCUUGUUUUGCACCUCCACGCCUCGCAAGAGUCGCUCCUACUACGAUCAGCAGCGUCUGAUCCGCGCCAGCGAUGCGGACACCUCUUCGGCAGAUGCCGCCGCCACGGGGGAGGAGGAGGAGCAGCAGGACGAGCAGGAGCAGCAAGGGCAGCAGGAGGCGGAGAUGGAUGAAGCGAACCAGGAGGGCACUCCACAUCUGUCCACGGCAGCACUGUUGGCCCUGACCAAGGGCAACACCCGUCGCCUUACCGGCCCAGCUGCCAAGCUGCGUAAUGGCCGCGUUUCACUCUGCCUGCACGGCAACAUUUUUGCCAAGAGCUCGAGGCCAGCUGUGCCUGGCAAGCGGAUGCAGCAGCACCGGAGGCUGCGCCAGGAGCGGAUGGGUCGCUUCGAUCAGGCCCGUCACCUCGACCAAAUACGCCUCUCCGCCAAUCUCUCCUCCUAUGCGGCUGACAGUUCCGAAUCCUCCCCCGCAGAUAAUAACAACUACAGUCUGCACAAUCGCAAUGAAAAGCAUGCGGUGCCGCCCAGCCAGUUCCUAAUGGGCCAAACUGUAGUGUUGGAUAAGCGCAGGGAACCGCCUGUGUCCGCCACUUUCUGUGUGAAUGCGGAUGCGGAUGUGGAUGCGGAUGUAGAUGUGGAUGUGGAUGUGGAUGAGGUAGAGGUGCAGCACAGCGAGACGUGGCAGCUGCUGCAGCAGUUCGAGUCCGAAAAUCUGGCCACAAGCUGGGCCUCGCAAGGUGGGCAGAUGGAGCAGCCGUCGGAGGACGGGCGGUUCGAGCAGCUGUGCCAGGAGACAGAGUGCUCGGCGCCGUUUCAACUGCAGCCGCUUAUCUACGAGCCAGUUGGUGGCCGAGAAGUACCGCCCCAGAACCGAUUGCAAUUAGAAACCGUCUCGAGCAGCAACAUCACCGGCGGAAGCUGCAGCACCACGGCCAACAUGACCAGCACCUCAUCGCGCCAAUCCUGCACGGUUUACUCCUUUGGCAGUGUGCACAUGCAGCCGAUGCCGCACAUCAAUAUCACCUAUGUCCAGCCGACUGCCACGCAGCUGCCGCCCGGUUCGCCGCUCAACCGCUCGCUGUGGACCCGGACGAGACGCCGCCUGCGGCAUCUGAGUUCCGGCCAGCGGAUGAUCGUGGGCUUGGCUCUGCUCCUCGUCGUGGCACUGGGCUGCCUGCUGGCGGACAUGGUGGUGGUGGCGCUCACCACCGCAUUCACUGUCUUUGGACUGGUCCUACUCACGAUCUAAGUUUUUCGGUGGCAAACCAAAGCAAUGGAAAUCGCACAAAUCUCACUUGCUUGUUAAUUUAUCUGUGUACU